AAAAAUUAAAAUAAAGUAGAACAUUUAAUUUUAUUGGAAAAAGUUACUUUGUUCGUUCACUAAAGAUGAAUCAAGAAAAAUACAUAGAAGUAACGAUCAUCGAAUCAGCUGCAGAAAUUCCUACAUCUGACACCUGUUCUGUUAAAUGUUUAAGCACAAUUCACGAACAGAAUAAUCCAAAAGUUGCUCAUCCAUCUGUCGAAAAUAACGUACAAAAGAGUGUUGCAAUUUCUUCAAGUUUGAAAUCAAACGUCGAGUGCAUUCCAUCUCUUCAACAAAGAAGAAACUCUAUCCAAAAAUCACACCAACCGUUAGAUAUUGAACUUCUUUUACGAUAUUAUGCUUGCACUUCUAACAUGGAACAAUCAAUAAACAACGUCCUGGAAAACAGGAAUGAAAAAUCUUUCGAAGGUCCUUUACUCGAACUGGGCGCAGCUACAAAAAUCUGCGACACCUUGAAAUCUUCGUCCACUGGUUCUAUAUUAACCACCUUCCGAUUUCACGAUAUUUUAACGAGAUUACGACAUCUAAUUAGUGCGUGUGACAAGAACAAAUUAGAACAAAUCCUGUCGAACGAUCCUUCGAUGAAGAUGUGCAAACACUGCGGUGUGAUCAGUUGCUCGAAAUCUUCGAACAUUCCUGUUGAACCGAGAAAAUCUCCUCCAAACACUUCUUAUUUCUUGAGCACAGAUGUCUUUUCAAAUGAAGAUGACGACUCGACGAUUUAUAAACAAGUAAAGAAAUUAAAUUCUAAGAAACCUGUUGAAAAAGAUGUUACUAGGCGUCGUAAAAUUAAUCGAAAGAAAGGAAAUGAGAUAAAUGGAAAUUCAGGAAGAGUCGAAACUAUGAUAGCUGAGCGUGAAAACGAUAGCCAAGUAAAUGAUAAAAAAUCUGUAACAAAUGAAGCAGAAUUGCAGGUUACAAAAUCGCCACCUUUCAAACGAGAAGUGCAUAAAACUGCAGUUGCAGCGAAGAAUGCACCGUCACAGCAAACAAAAAUGAAUCCUGUCGUUGAAAAUAAAGAUAUAGUUAAAAACAGUGCCGAUGCCAAUUUCACAAAUAACUUUUCGUCCGAUAAACAUUUCAGACUGCUAGACUCUAAACAAAGAUUAAUAGAAAAUACAUUGAAUCAUAAACGCAAUAAUUUAAACGUUGAUGAACCUAAUGAAAAAGUCGUGAAGGAUAUUUUAUAUGAAAAAUCAACACCUCGGUUGACCGAGUGUACGCAUGUAGGUUCUGUAAGAAAUGUAAAUAGUAAAGAAAAUCAAUCAACCAAUCUUGAAAUCGCAAGCUCCCCGUUUGUUAAUACAACGACGUAUUUGGCACGUGGCCGUCCUGAAUCGUCAGACAAAAGGAAUAAAGAAUUCGUUUCGCAACUCGAUGAAAGAACGUGCGUACAUUCUGGACGCCCUGAAGACCAACAUAGUUUCAUCCUGCACACUGGCCAAAUUGAUAAUCCGCAAUUAAAUUUAGAUUCUUUGAAGAUUCAUUCCAAAUCUUCUCCAAAUGAUACUUCUUCAAAUCCUAAAAAUUUUCAAGAAUCUAAUAGUUUUACUUGUUUGAUGGAAGAUGAUUCUCUAGAAAAUUGUAUUAAGUCUGAGACACUGGUAAGAUCUAGCGAAAGUGACACCACAGUGAUCAGCUCCUCUUCUGCAGAGAAUAUGAUUCGGAAAUGGGUGAAGUCAUUAAGAAUCGAUAACGAAACUCGUCAAGAGUCAGUCACGUUGAAACACUCUAUGGAUGACUUACAAUUAGAUACAAAGCUUCGAUCCCUUUGGAGCAAUGACAAAGAGGAACAUAAUUUAGGAAAUCAUAUCUUGAAGAAGACAUCGCAUUCUAUGCCAUCGAAACGUCCCAAAAAUACUUUUGGACAGACCAUGUCGUAUACACUUGACUCAAAAUCCCCCAACGAUCAACAAUUAUUAAAUAAUAAAAUAAGAGCAUCAAGUUUUAGAAAUAUUGACAGUUAUGGGGGUAAGAGAUUAUUUGGAUCUUUCAGGAGAGCCAUGAGAUCUAAAGAGAAGAACUUGAAUGUCGAAUCUUUUACCUUUCCUGGCAAUCAUUUUCUGGGUGAUCAUUUUAGAAACAUUACACGAAGGAUCAUUUACGAUGAUUCCUCUUUGAAGAACAUUAGUGGUAAUUCUGGAACGUGUAAUAGUGCAGAAAAUAUAUUAUUGUUAUAUAGAAAAAUUCUUGAAAGCACAGAGAAGAUGAACUGGCAGAAUUUUCAAAGAUUCAUUGAAGAAUUGCAUCCUAAUCAGAAAGAAGUUUGGCGAAAUAUUUGCGUGGUUAUUGAUAACGAAGCACGAAGAUUGGCCGAUAAAGGUAACACGGAAGUGUGCAUAGAGAUCACUUCCGCUCCCUUGGAAACGACGAUGGAGGACAGAACGUGUAACGACGAGAUCGUGUUCGAGAUGGACAUAACACUCGAAGAAGUGAAGAGGUGUCUUGGUAGGCAGCUGGGUUCCACUGAGAAAGCAAAACUUGACAUCCUUCAGACAGCCAAUGAAGUUAUUAAACUUCGAAAUGAUGACGUUUGUGAUACUGAAGUGGUCUUCAAUCAAGCUGAAUAG